CCACUCCGGUGUUUUGCCAUUGAUAUCGCUUGGGCCGAGGUUAUUCCCUGGGCAGGCUCCUUGCAAUGUAGUGAGGGCUCUUUGUUUUUCUCCUUAGGUGAUGGCCAUCGCCACUCUGGCCGCCUGCUAUAACAACAAGCAGGUGUUCAGGGGUGUAGUGAAGAUCCGGAAGGGACAAGCCGUCACUCUGAUGAUGGAUGCCACAAACAUACAGGCUGUCAAAGCCAUCAUGUACCAGUAUGUGGAAGAGAUCUACCAGAAGAUCCCCAGCACGGACCCUUCGUCCAACAAGACGCAGCAGAUCAUCGCCUCCAUCCGCGCCAUGAGCCUGCCCGGCGGCCCCAUGGCCUCGCGCCACCACUACUCCCCCAUCUACCUGUCGUGCGCCAUGCUGCUGGCCGCCCUCAGCUGGCAGUACCUCAGCACCAUCUCCAAGGCCGCCGAAGAGUACGUCCAGGCGGGCGAGAACUGAAGGGCGGGCAGGCGGUGGGAGAGAAGAGACGGUCGGCGGACGGGCAGCAGAGGCGGGAGGCUCCUUGCCCCUGCUGGUGGGGACAGCCGGGUGCCACCGGGCCCGCGGGCGGUGAUGAGGACGGGACGCCGGUGGCCUGGAGCCCCUGGGGGGACAGCAUGGCGUCGCCAGGCUCCGCUCCUCACCUCUCUUGCUGCCUGCGUGGCUGGUUGCAAGCACCAAUCGGAGUCUUACUGUUUGGGGUUGAAUUUGGAUUUUGGUUUUUCCCUCCUUUCCUGUUGGACGGUUUACCUGAUUACUACCGAUUGGAUUUUUGUUUUUUUUUUUUUUUGGUUAGGAUGGUUGAAAUAGAAACUCCAGUUGCCUCUUUUCUUGCUUGACAUUUGAGACCCCUUUCCAGCUCAGAGCCGCGGGACGGGAGCCUUUUUUGGGUUUGGCCUCUCCUUCUUACACAGCCCCUUUUCCCCACGCGGAGGGCUCUGGCUUCAGCCAGGAGGCACUGCACUUAGCCAGCAGAAAGCUCUGGCUGUCUUCUGGCCACCAGCCUGGGCUGGUUGCCCUCCUGGCACCUGGAACCAGGGGCGAUCUUCACCUUUCUGUCGUUGUAUUUGAGGAGGCUGCUAGGCUUGAAACGAGCCCUUUCCUUGCUCAGUGUCGGAGGCGUGCUGCUCUGGCUGCUGGAACGUGCACCCUGCCCAAAGCCGGCUCUUGCAGCUCCUUCGUACAGGUGGCACUGUGCGUUGCAAAGCUUUGGGUUUUAGCAGCUGGGGAGGUGGUGAAAGGGAAUGGGAAGGAGUUGCCUUGAGCCCGAUGUGAGCACAGCCACCCACCUUUGCUGCAUGCUCUGGGCUCUGCACUUCUGUAGCCCACAGGGAGCCUGGGGUGGCCCAGGCAGGUUUUCCUGGCCCACUUGGCUGCAGCUCGGGGUGCUGCGAGUGAGUCUGACGUGCAAACUGGAAGAGCUUUCCACUGCUGCUUCGAAACCCAUCAGCCUGGACUUCAAGCAGGCUGCGUUCCCACAGGGAACGCCAGGGGUGGGAAGAGGAAACGACUUUCAAGUCCUGUUUUCCUGGAUUUUUGCUUUCAGUCACCCUAAUCCCUCACUGCUGCUUGGCUGUGUGAUGGGGGGGGGGACAGCCUGGGGCAGGACAGGGCAAAGCCUACCCCUACCAGGGGCGUUUGGUGGCCUUUGCAAGGCCAAGCCUGUGUGGCCAGACUGUUACUUGGAGGAAGCAGCCCUACUCCACGAGUACCUAUGUAGAUAGUUUUAAGCUGUUGUUCAAAAACCUUGCGGUAGCUCCCUUUGUGCAGCUUCCUGUUGUUGACAUUAAAGUUUUCCUUG